GUGAUCUAGACCACUCCCUUUAAAAUGGCUGCCUUAAGGAAAGCUAAAAGAAUAGGGAAAAGAGCCUCCAAGUUUCAGUACUGUGUGACCUACCAAUCAGUAAUGAUAGAAUGUACUAACGAUAAGUGGACACCUCACAUGAUCAGUAUUGCUUUUCAUAGAAGAGGUAGAAGAAUUCUCUCUAAAAUAUUGCCAUGGUUGCCAUCUCCUGAUAAUAAGUUACGUGGUGUUGCUGUAUGGCCCGAACCUGAAGCCAUUGAAGCCCCAAUCACUCUUUAUAAAGGUCAAAAAGAUAAGUCUUAUGAAACAAAGGAAUGGGAAUUCUCAGUUAUAAAUGUUGACAGGCAUGGUCACAGAAAGGUCCUGGCCAGUGUCCCCAUUAAUGUGGUCCAAUAUGCAUCAGCCCUUCCUUUCGAUCAGGAGGUUAAACUGCUACUCAAGUCUGUGUCUGUCAAAGUAAAGAAAGUUCAUUUGGAAAUGUCAAUUUCAUCAGUUUUACUUAAAGAAGGCAAAGCAACUGACGAUGACAUGAUCAGUAUUGCCAGUAUGAUGAGUGUGUCUAAUUUAUCAACAAUCGGUAAUCUUGAAGAUGAAGAUGAAUUCACAAUUACUAGAUUUGGGACUGGUCGCUCUAUAUCUCCAGUAACCAGUAAUGAUCCAAUUCCUUCACUGGAAGAGCUCCUUGAAUGGUCACAAAAUGUCACUAAAGGUUAUAGCAAUGUUGAUAUCUCUAACAUGACCACUUCAUGGAAGAAUGGACUUGCUUUCUGUGCAAUUAUACAUCACUACAGACCUGAUUUAAUUGAAUUUUAUCAGUUAACUCCAAACAGCAUCAAAGAGAACAACAGAUUAGCAUUCACCAUAGCCAGUGAAUUGGGUAUAUUCUGUCCACUUACUCCUAACAUGAUGCUACUUACUGAUGUCCCUGAUAAGCUAGCAGUCUCUUCUUUUGUGUAUCAAAUGUACAAUUACUUCACUAGGCAUGUGCAUUCUGCUGUAUUUAAGCCACACCUACCUCGUCAAUCUCCCUCUCCUGUCUCUCCUAGUUUGUUUGAUAUCUCAAAGUUUGAGGAAUUGUCUUUAAGCAUCUCUUCAAUCUCUCCAUCCUCGAAGACCACCACCGCUAAUCCAUACUCUAAGUAUUCGCAUCAGACUACUGAUCAACCCACACCUCCUGUGUCUACUGUGACCACACCUCCUGUGUCUACUGUGGCCACACCUCCUAUGUCUACUGUGACCACACCUCCUGUGUCUACUGUGACCACACCUCCUGUGUCUACUGUGACCACACCUCCUGUGUCUACUGUGACCAUACCUCCUGUGUCUACUGUGACCACACCUCCUGUGUCUACAGUGGCCACACCUUCUACGUCUUCUGUGGCCACACCUCUUGAUACUUGUUCAGCCACAUCUGGAAAUGAUCAUAAGGAGAAUAGUGUAACCACUCUUGAUAUACAUGUAGAUAUGACUGAACCCUCCACUAGUGAAGAAUCUGAUAUUGUUUCACUAGAGUCUAAGCCACACCCACAGGAACAAGAUCGUCCUUCACGUUCAUCACUGGCUGCAAUCAAACCAAUGGAAGGAAAACCAGAUAAGAGCAGAAGAGCAAGUCUUCCUGCUAUAUCUCCUACAGAAGAUAAAAGCGAGUUAUAUCGUAAACAAGCUCAGGCUAUGAUGAAAAGAGUUGGUAUUCAGAAGCCAACAACUUUUGAUGCUUUGUCCGAAUCAACAAAACGAAAACUAGAAAAAGCUCGUCAAAAAUCUCACGGGUCUUUGACACCUAGUAACCUGUCUCCUAGCAACCUACGUCCUAGCAACCAGCCUCCUAGUAACAGCAGCAGAGUUCUAUCCAGCUGUAAGUCUGAUUCCAAACUACUGACAGUAGAACUAGCAAAAGAGAAUGAAGACACUGAGCAAUCAGGAGAGGUUGGAACAGGAGAGGUUGGAACAGGAGAUGUUGGAACAGGAGAGGUCGAGACAGGAGAGGUUAUAGUGAAGCAGAAACAAGAGAGACUUAAAUUAUUAGCUCCUUCAAGUAAACCAUCACGAGCAGCUAAAAUAAUGUCAUUACAACCACCAACUAACACUGAUACUAACACUGAUACUAACACUGAUACUAACCCUGAUACUAACACUGAUUUUGCAGAAUCAACUGAUUCAACUGAUGUACAGAAACCUCUCAAUGACACUGAUAGUGUAUCUGCUUGGAAAAACCACGAAAGAGACCUCAAUAAAGAUAUACUGCAAAGUCAAAGUGAUUAUGUGAAGACUGAACUGAUUCUACUUCAGGGCCAACUGCAGCCAUUACAAGAGAGGAGCACUACCAUUGAGACUGAGAUUAGGGAGGCCAUGAGUAGAGGUGAUGAUAAAAAAGAGGAGCUCCUUACUGUUGAAUAUUUUAAAGUGUUAAACGAAAAGAAUUCAUUAAUUAAGAAACAAAUUGAACUGAAUCUAUUAGAGAAAGAAGAGGAUUUAGAAAAACGUCAGUUCUUUAUAAAUAGAGAAUUACGACCACUAGCUGCAAUGACAGAUGAAGAGAAGACUAAAGAACAAAAAGAAAGAGAAGAGGAAUUGAUUAAAGAAUUAGUUGAAUUAAUUAAUGAACGAGAUUGGCUUGAUCAACGACUCACUAACACUACACAACCAAUCAGUGUGGAAUGCACUAAUGAAAAAGAAAUUGAGUCAACAAAAAGACGAUCAUCAUUAUCAAAGAAACUGUCUUUAGAGAGAAGAGACAACAAAGAAUGUGCUAUAUCCUAAUUAUUAAUAAUAACAACUGAUUAUUGUAAGAUAUUUGUACAGUUAUUUGUCCAUUAAUAAACAACUGAAUAAAUAAUGAAUAUUGUAAUGUAAGUUAUUUGUACUGUA